UUUUUUUCAGAUGGAGAUAUCUUCAGUUCUUUGCCGAAAAAACACUAAUUGUGCACUCGUUGAAAUUUACAUUGCUCUUGGUCUAACGGCUGUAUCCUGGCUUCUUAUCCUUAUAAUUCAGCAUUGCUUCAAAGAAAUUUUUAAAAAUUUACUUGAACCCAGCAUUACCAGCGAAGAGGGAACCAUCAACGUUUCAUUCAAUAUAUUUUCAAUUUCGAAUAGUGAUGGAAAUGGCUUGCUAGUAGCAUCCUUUUUUUAAAUUGAGUCAAAUGAAUCGUGUUGUGCGUGUUGUGCUCCAUGGUGUAAAUGUAUAGGACACUGUAUCAAUUUUAUUGUAGAUAAGGUCUAUCGAUUGUUUUAUGCAGUUUUGAUGAUAAUUAAUAUCUUUGAUUUCUGGGCAGACUUCUUUCUUCUUUUUAAAUUUAUAUUCUUACUAGAUUCGAAAACAACUGGACUACUUUUAUUACCAGGAAGUUUAGCAUGGUUUUUAAAUGUAAUAUUAAUAAGAUCAUUCUAUAAAAUUGCAAUGAAGGAUUUACAGAAGGAACCAUCCGAGGAAACACAAAUGAAAUCAUCUGAGGAGUCACGAACGGAAUUAUCUGAGGAGUCAAGAGAGAAGUCUUGUACAUGUAGGCCUGAGGAUGUUAACUUAUUUCUCAUCUGGAUUUUAGCAGUUAUUCCUAAGGUUUAUCUAUACGGGUGGUUGACGAUCGUAGGAAAACAAACAUGGAGUAAAAGAUGGUAUCUUCAAGCUUUAACAUUUCUUCAUCUAAUUGAAAUUUGUAUAGAAGGAUUUCCUCAGUUUCUUAUUGAAUAUAAUGAAAUGGACAUGGACCUUUUUCUUCAAAGACCCCUGAAUCAUGAAAAAUGGGCCAUGUUGGCGUCUUUAUUAGGGGUAACCGUCAGCAUUGCUAGUGUAUCUUUUACACUAGACGAAGAAGAAGAUGUUCGGGAUGCAUAUUAUCAGGUGAAAGAGAAAGGAACGAUUUCAAAAGUAGCAGCUGAUUACUGGGAUAUGCCUGAUUGUAAACGUAAUGGAUGCUGCACUUGUCUAGGUCAAACCUUGUUUGUUUCCAUUCCUUGCAAAAUUGCAUGUUUUCUAGAGAAGAUGUUUGAUGUAAUAACUCGGUGGUUCCUAUAUGUAUUAUUUAUUCAAGCUUUUCCGUGGUGGUCCCUUCUUAUUCUCUUAAGCGCGUAUGCUUUAAUGAACUAUCUUUCCUCUGGCUGUUUGUAUUUAUAUGAUGGUAUUACAAAGGAUGGGUUGAAUGCAGAACAAUAUACAAAAUUUGGGUAUUAUAUAGGAAUGAUAGCAAAUGUUGUAUUUUCUUUCGACUGGAGAUUCUACGUGACAAAGCGUAGAUUCCUGUCAAUUAUAUAUUUUAUUGUACAACAUCAUAUUGUCAUACUGGUUUUGUAUUUCGCUUUUUUCCAGGAUUUUUACAGAUUUAUGAUUGUUGUAUUUACAUUUCUUGGAAAUGUCAUUCUCAAAUUAAUUCGACAUUUAUUUCGAAGGUGUUUUCGGGGUAUGUUGAAAAGAGUAAUGGAGAUAAACUUACUGAACCAUUCUCUCAAUAUCGACAUAAAUAUCAUAUCAUAACGAUUUUCAAAAGAAAAAAAAAUAGAUCUUUUUAAAUCGUAUCAUGUUUUGUAGUGUAAAGCACUUAAAAAAGGCUUUACAAAGAUAAGUGGAGUCGACUCUCAGAGUCUGAAAAUAUCACGUACUUAUUUUCUAUUGACAUUUCUGAUAAUUUGAUGCAUAUGCGUAUCGUGAAAUCAUACUAAUUCUGUUAUUAUAU